GAUACAUCUGGGCGGGCCACAACCACCACAAGCAGCAGCGCCUUGGAUCACGCACCAAAGCAGACGACAGCAUAACACAGCUGGAAGCCGAGUAACAACAAUCUCAGCAUCACACAGCCAGUGCACGCCACCCCACCAUGAUAGCACAGCCGACGCUCCCCUCGGUCGAGAGCGACACCUCAAUCUGUCCGCAUCUCCGGGCACUGGUCGAACGCCGCCGCGCCACCCCGCCGGCGCAGGUCAAGACCGAGCCUGGCGAGGGAGCCUCGUCCAACGGCACGCCGGCGACCGCCAGCCCGGCCAAGGACACAUCGGCGCGCGCUCUCGCCGAGAAGCGCUUCUCCGAGGUCGUGCGGUGGGGCGCCUUGGACCAGGGUGCAAAACGGAAAAAGACCGCCCCUCCCGAGUGCCACGAGUGUGGAUCGGUGCUCGCCCGUCCGUGGGCUUGCCUCACCUGCAACUUUAUCGGUUGCGCCCCGGUUCACGCCUCGUCCUCGCGCAGCGUUCACCGCGACUGCAUGCCGAACCACUUUGCACAGUCGACCCGAUGCGAAUUUGCCGUCGACCCCAUCACUGGCGCCAUCUUCUGCUCAGAGUGCGAUGACACUGUCUACUCGGACGCGUUCGAGGCGCUGUUCCGCACCGUCCGCAUUCGGGUCGAGGAGGAGCACGACCAGUCACGUGAGGGCAGCCUGCUUGGUGGCGGACGCGGACGAGGCCGUGGCCACUGGAAGCCUUGGGACGGGGAGCCGCUCGGCGGCGACCUAGCGAGGGCCUCGUGUAGGGGCCUCCGCCCGCUCCUCAAUCUCUCGCAGACGUGCUUUCUCUCGUCCAUCCUUCAGGCGCUCAUCCACAACCCGCUACUCAAGGCCUACUUCCUCAGUGACAAGCACAACCGACAUGUGUGUACCAACGGCUCGCGUGGCCUCGCUGUUGGCCGUCCGUUCAUCGGGACGGAGACGCCGGGUGGCAGCAGCACACCAGCCGACCGAGAGAAGGGCUGCAUGUGCUGCGAGAUGGAUCGCGCGUUCGAAGAGUUCCACAACGACGACACGAGCCCAUUUGGGCCCGUCACCAUGCUCUACUCCAUGUGGCAUGCCUCUGCCGAGUUGGAGGGGUAUGGGCAGCAAGACGCACAUUCAUUCUUCCUCGCCGCUUUGGACCAGAUCCACGCCCAUGCCAAGGGCCAGCUGUCGAGCUGCAACUGCAUUGCGCACCAAACAUUCGCCGGUUCGCUCGUGUCCACCGUCACCUGCUCGUCGUGCCAGACGACUUCGACUACGGUCGACCCGACCCUGGACAUCCAGCUCGACUUCCCCCACGACUCGACAGCGUCAUCCCUCACUCUCGGCACACUGCUGCGCCGCUUCUGUGCCGAUGAGCGAAUUGGCGGAGACCACGGCAAGGGGUACGACUGCAGCUCGUGCGGCGGUGGCCGCGGUGUCGUCGCCACCAGAAAGUUAUCCAUCAAGAAGCUCCCUCCCGUGCUGUCAUUCCAGCUCAAACGAUUUGCCCACAACUCGACAUCGAGCAAGGUCGAGACGCCCGUCAAGUUCCCUAGCCGCCUCGACAUGCGUCCUUAUGUUGAAGGGUCGUCCGGCACGGCGUCCAAGACGCCGUCGGUUGACGGAGAUGCCCCAGAGGACGACCUCCCGUCCAGUCUGUACGCGUACGACCUAUUCGCAGUUGUGACACACGAAGGCAAGCUUGACAAUGGCCACUACUGGGCCGAUGUGCGGAGCGGCGACGAGUGGUGGCAUUGUGAUGAUGACAAGGUCACCCCAACCACCCUCGCUCGGGCUCUUGGGCAGAAGGCAUACAUGCUCUUCUACGUUCGGCGAUCGUUGGCCUACGGCCAGCCCAUGUCGACGCUUCUCGCCGCGAACGCCGCAAACGCUGCUGCUGCCAACAGCAGUGCCAGCAAGACGGUCAACGGGAGUGCGAACGGCACUGCGUAGGUGUGUAUCAGUUGUAUCUUUGAGAGGCGCCCAUGCCUUGGCAUAUUUCCCUCAUACCCAGUUCUCACAUUUUAUUUCAUACAUAUCCUGUGAUGUGCAUGUAUGGAGGUGGUAG